AUGCCGGGCCUUAUCCCGUUUCUACCUACGCCUCCUCUGCCGCAGCCGACACGAACAAGCGCUUCUUCCGCCCCAGGCCGACCGGUCAACAGCCUUCCCGGGUCAGACCAAGUUGCUGCACGAGGCAAUAGCAGUCAAACACCCAUCGAACUCGACGACGAUUCCGAGCCCACAUCCGCUUCGGGGCCUCGAAACGCCACUCACACGCACCAACACCAACACCAACACCACAUCGAAAACCUUUGGGGGAGUUUUACACCGGACAGCACCCAGUACCAACAAGCGCUGCCGUCCUUCUCAGACUUUGCCGCCAACCUGGAUUCCCAUCCCUUCGACGCAACUGCGCUACUCCAGAACGGCGCCCCGCAGACACCCAACCACGAACCGAUCAGUGACGAGUACCUCUCCGCGCUAGCCGACGGGAACUUCUCCUCGCCGUCCUCAUAUCCCCGAUUCACGCAGGCCUCUACGGUCACUCAGCAAACGAAUCUGGCUCAGAGUCAGGACGCACCACAUCGCCACGCUUCUGGCACGACCCUGCGACCAAACCGCCCGGCAAGAUACGCCAGCCAGGACACGAACGCUGCGGCGACAGCAGCAGUACGAGAACCAACGUCACAUCCCGUGUACCACAACAACGAGGUCGAAGAGUCGCUUUUCGUAAGCUCGGACGACGAACCCGAGGUCACGAUGCCUGUCCAGACACGCCGGAGAGCCUCCACGAUCCUCAGCUCUGACCACGACCCCGAGCCAGAGGAGAUGGUGGCUCCCGCCACGCGAAAGCGGGCGGCCCCUUCGUCUGCCCCUGCUAGAGGAACCGCCGCCCCCAAACGACGACGGACGUCACAGCCUCAGGCCGCACGCAACCGAACAACGACGCCCAGCGUUCUGGGUCCCGACGACGACAUUUUUGGCGAAGACAAGGUCGAUACGAAGAAGGGCAAGGAGAAGGACGAGGACGUUAUCGAUCUUGCCGACGCAAACGAGGUGCCAGAGAAUCUGAAGGUGCCCAAGGAGGACAACAGAGUAAAGAUUUCGGCCUUUCAGUGUGUCAUUUGCAUGGACGACGUAACUGCGUUGACAGUAACCCACUGUGGUCACCUCUUCUGUUCCGAGUGCCUCCACUCAGCGCUGAACGUUGACGCGACGAAGAACAAGUGCCCGAUCUGCCGACAAAAGGUCGAGACCAAGGACCGGAACGACUACACAGCCAAGACCAAGGGGUUCUGGCCCCUGGAGCUCAAGCUGAUGACGGCUAGCCGCAAGGGCAAGCAACGGGCGUGA